AUGAAUCAACACACUUUUCACGUGGACUCUCAAGGAGGAACGGUCAACUUCACGAUCAACAACGUCUGCAACAUCAUCGUCGCUCCAACCACCUUCGUGUCCUCAUCCUUCCGUCGGCCACAAGAAGACCCUUCAACCUACAACAAUCACCAAAAUGAGGGUGCAACAAAAUCAAGAGAACACGAGCAGAACGACAAUGGUGAUGCUCCGAACAGAACUACGAAUGCUACAACUCUUCCAGAAGGGCACUCAUAUGAACUUCCGCCGCCAAGAGAAAAUCGGUCGCCUCCCAAUGUCAUCAUUCUUCCGUACCUGGUAGACAAUGAGCAACAAGAUGUUAUUCCUGUGGAGCAUCGUUUGCUUCCAUCGAACAAUCCUUUGAGCGUCGCCACGCAAGGAGAAAUCUCAGACGCCGAAGGAAGAAACGCAGAAGAUUUGAGAGGACCUGAUGGGUCAACACAAACUGUUCAAAUCUCGGAGGUUCAAACGCCUGUUGAUGAAACAGCUGAUGCUGGUGGUGCUCAAUUUGGUGUUGUUCAAUCAACUGAUGCACGUAUCGCUAAAAUGUCAAUGAAUGAUGCGAUUUUAACUGAUGUUGAAAUGGAUGACACUCCACUUGCUGAGACUCUUAUAACCGAUGAUGAAACUGCUGCUGCUCAAACCGAGGAGGUUCAAACAGCUGAUGCUGUUGCUGCUGAAACAGCGGAGACUCAAACAUCUGCUGCUGAUAUUGUGUUAAUUGAUGUUACUGAAUCAGCUGCUGCUGCUGGAAUCGCGAACACUCAAACAGCUGCUGCUGAAACAUCUGACACUCAAUCACCCCUUCGAUUCCUCGUCAGAACCGUAAAAGGAGGGCGGAGACAGAUGAUGGAUUGUGUCCACCGACGCCCGGAAGUGUCGACAGCACAGAUGUGUUCAUCAAUUCGAUACCGCAGAAGCCAAAAAACUGUAACCACAGUAUCAAAUGCCAUGACCGAGAAAAUGCCCGUCUGCCAAAAUCGCUGCAUGCAGCAUUUCAAAGUGAAGAAUAGAAGUGAGAGAAGAACAAUGAACAAAGAAUGCAACAAGUUGGAGUGGAAGCAGAAGUGGGCAUUGUCAGAAAUUAUCAAAGAUACUGCAACACCAUUCUUCGCCCACCACAUCACUUUGGAUCUCCCACUUCGCUUCAUAAUGUACACUACCAAGUAUCUCACGAAAGAGAGCUACAAAAAAGUAUUAGGCAAUUCCCAAUACAAAAAUCAUGUCAAGUCGUGCUUGGUCGACGAAAGUUUCUUCAAUGAAAUCGAAAAGAAUCUCAACGAAAAAGGGAGGAAGGAUUUUCACGAUAUUAUCAGAACCACCAUCAAUCAUUUUGAGAGAGACGCCGCAACAGCUGUUGGAUUGGGGAACAGAUUCCUGCAAUCCAAAUGA